UUGAAAAACGACGUCGUUCCAUAUUAGGAAAAAAAAACGGCACACGGAACUACGGAAGACAGAAGAUUGACGAAGCAGCGCCGCACAGCAGCAUCUGAGGUUUAUUGGCCGGGAACUCAUAGAAAAACCCUUCCAUUCGCCCCCAGCCGUCAGCCGCCGGAAAAUCGUCCAGAACUAUUUUAAGUCUUCAAAUUCAAAGCAAUGUCUCGUAUUUGCGUGAAGAAUUUACCGAAGUAUGUAUCGGAGGACCGCAUACGAGAGUUCUUCUCCCAGAAGGGAGAAGUUACUGAUGCCAAGCUCAUGCGCACCUCAGAUGGGAAGAGUAGACAGUUCGGCUUCGUUGGAUUUAGGACAGAGCAAGAAGCCAAUGAAGCAAUCAAGUACUUUAACAGGUCUUUCAUGGAUACUUCUCAAAUUACUUGCGAGAUUGCUUGGAAAAUUGGUGAUCUAAAUGCCCCACGCCCAUGGAGUAGACACUCAUUGAAAAGGAAAGAGAUGCCAUGUGAAGUAGACAAGGAAAUACCAUCCUCAAAAAAUAAAAAGAAUAAAGGGUUAGAAGGGGACAAUAAGUUGUGCAUCGAGGAAAGUGAAAAUGAUGACCCUAAAUUUCAAGAGUUUGUCGAGGUUAUGCAACCUCGAAGUAAAUCUAAGAUGUGGGCAAAUGACUCAACUGUAGCUCCCUCUCUCACGGAAAAUAAAAAGCCAAUUGAGAAGAAAUGUCAAAUGCAGAAGGAAACUGCAGCCAUGACGAAUAGUGACAAUGAUGAUAAAUAUAAAGAACCAUUGAAUGAUUACAAUGCUGAAAAACAAAAGAGUUUUGUCUAUGAUGAUGUUGUGUCAGAUAUGGAUUAUUUCAAAAGAAGAGUAAAGGAGGACUGGUCAGGUUCAGAAAAUGAAGAUGAAGAUGAAGAUGAAAAUGAAGAUGAAGAUGAAGAUGAAGAUGAUGAUGGUGAUGAAGACUGCAAUGAGGAAGAAGAAACUUCAUUUAGAAAGAGCAGUAAUGUUAUAGAUGCCCAUGAGUUUGAUGAUAACAAAAAGGAGGGCACUGAUAGACAGUCUGUAGAGUCUAGCGGUGAAAUGCUUGAAUCAGGUGAUCCUUCACUUAACAAAGAUGAAGAAGCUAUUCUUGAGAGUGGACGCCUGUUUAUCCGCAACUUGCCUUAUUCUACUACGGAAGAUGAACUGGGAGAGCAUUUCAGCAAAUAUGGUAGUGUCUCAGAAGUUCAUAUUGUUGUAGAUAAAGAAGCGAGGCGGUCAAAGGGGUUUGCAUAUAUUCUUUACUCUCUCCCAGAAGAUGCAGCUAGGGCAUUAGAAGAGCUGGACGGUUCAAUAUUUCAAGGAAGAUUAUUGCAUGUUAUGCCAGCGAAGCAAAAAAUUUCUUCUAAGAACCAAGAGGUCAAUGGGUCUGGUAAACAAUCGUCACAAACACUCAAAGAUCAAAGACUGGAAGAUAGGAAGGCAUCUGAAGCGAGUGGAAAUACACAAGCAUGGAACACUCUAUUCAUGCGCCAAGAUACAGUUGUGGAAAAUAUUGCAAGGAGACUAGGUGUUAGUAAAUCUGAUCUUCUAGAUAAAGAAGCUUCCGAUCUUGCCGUACGUAUAGCCUUAGGAGAAACAAAAGUUAUUGCUGAUACAAAACAAAGUUUAGUGAAAGCUGGAAUAAAUGUUUCUUCUCUGGAAGAAUUUGCUGCUGGGAAAUCUGACAAUAUCAAAAGAAGCAAUCAUGUUAUACUAGUAAAGAACUUGCCUUACAGCUCAUCUGACAGUGAACUUGCAAAUAUGUUUGGGAAAUUUGGAGGCAUAGAUAAAGUUGUUCUUCCUCCAACUAAGACUUUGGCUUUGGUGGUCUUCCUUGAACCAGCUGAGGCACGCACAGCUUUCCGGGGGUUAGCAUACAAACGCUACAAGGAUGCUCCUUUGUAUUUGGAAUGGGCUCCUGGCAAUAUCCUUGAUCAAACAGGUGAUUCAGAUAAUACUAUGAUUGUUGGUGAGGGCGGCGAAGAAGAUGUCAAAAAAGUUUUACUAGAGCACCAAUUAGAAAGUACAACUGAUGCUGAUGUUGAUCCUGACAGAGUGGAGUCAAGGUCACUCUAUGUGAAGAACUUGAACUUCAAAACAUCUGAUGAGAGCUUAAAACAGCAUUUCAAUGGAAGCAUGAAAGACGGAAAAAUAAUAAGUGCCAGGGUGAAAAAGCAUACAAAGAAUGGGAAGAUUGUUUCAAUGGGUUUUGGAUUUAUUGAGUUUGAUUCUGUGGAUACCGCAAUAAAUGUGUGCAGGGAUUUACAGGGCACUAUUUUAGACGGACAUGCCCUGAUUUUGCAACUCUGUCAUGCUAAGGACAGACAAGGACAAGCAUUAAGCAAAGUUGAGAAGGACAAGAGCUCAACCAAAUUGCUUGUGAGAAAUGUUGCAUUUGAGGCAACAGAGAAAGAACUAAGGCAGUUGUUCAAUCCAUUCGGCCAGGUUAUGGAAAGAGCUAAAGAAGGAGAGAGCUUAGAGGAACUGCGAGCCCGCACAGCUGCCCAAUUCGCCGCGAGUGAGCACAAUGGCUUCCAACCGUCAUCUAAAUUAUCAAAGAAAAAGAAAGGCAUGGCUUUGGACAGAGUUUGAAAUGAAUGAAUCUCACAUUAGUAAGUGUUUCAUUUAAUCUUUUAUGUUGUGUAUGAUCCUUAGCCCUCUUGUUUAUGUUUGAAAUAAUUUUGAUUCAGAGGACAGAACCUUUUCCUCUUCAAUUUGUCUUGGUGAAGUCCAAUGGUAUUAUCUGGUUUAUAUU